UCCAAUCAGAGUUUAAAUGAAGAUGAUCCACAUGAUCAUCAAAGUUUGGAAGGUCAAGUCCAGAAAAUGAAGAAUGAUAUCCUGGGUUUAAACUAUCCAGAAGAUAGUGAAGUGAAGGAUCCCCUGCCUCAGAUCGAGCUGCAGGCUGAGACAAGGAGAAAAGUUAAGACCAAGAGGAGGACCAGUGCCAACAGGUCCACAGUUGAACAGAGCACUGAUAGUGAUGCGGCUGAGAGAGAUUUUGUUGAUAAUCAGAAUGAUGAAGAUGAGGAAAAGGUGAAGAAGGAUCCCCUGCCUCAGAUGCAGCAGGAUGCCGUGAAAAGAAAUAAAGUCAAGGCCAAGAGGACCAAGAGAAACAAAGUGGAGCAGAUCACUGAUGCAGGUCCCUCUACAUCUGUGGAAUUCUCUGGGAUGGCAGUUCAGGGGACAUCUCACCAGGGACAAUCUAAUGAGAAGAUCCUAAGUGAGUGUGUCUUCAGGGCCUGUCAGACCAGGGCUCUUGACCUCCCGCCAAUCGAUCCGGAUGCUUUCAACCCGAUUAUCAUCCAGUUUCUGGAAAAACUUACUGAGGAUAUCCGGCAAGUCCCUGACAGAAUCAGAGAGAUCCUCUACCACAAACCUGAAGGUUCGCAAGAGAGGCAGCAGCAAAUCCUCAAGGUCUUGCAUGGCCAAAUCAAGCUCCUCAUGUAA